AUGGCUUCUAUCUCUUUCAUUGGCAUCAACACCAUCUUCAUCAUCAUCAUCCUCACAUCAUCUUGUUCUGCCUCUACUCCCUCAACUAAGACAACCUCACAUCCAUUCAAGAAAAUCUAUGCCUUUGGUGACUCCUUCACUGACACAGGCAACACAAGAUCUGUCUCUGGCCCUAGUGGCUUUGGUCAUGUUGGAAACCCUCCAUAUGGUAUCACCUUCUUCCACCACCCGACGAAUCGAUAUUCGGACGGGCGGUUAGUCAUAGACUUCAUAGCUGAGUCAUUGUCAUUGCCUUACUUACAACCCUACAGAAACAUAGUGAGCAAUGCUUCUCGCUCCGAUGCUUCUCAUGGGGUUAACUUUGCUGUUGCUGGCUCCACUGCUAUCAACCAUGAAUUCUUUGUCAAGAACAACCUUACACUCGAUAUCACUCCUCAGUCUAUUAUGAGUCAGCUCAACUGGUUCAACAAGUUCUUGGAGACUCAGGGCAGCAAAGCAGGAACUUUUGAUGAUGCACUUUUUUGGGUAGGGGAAAUCGGUGUCAAUGACUAUGCUUACACUCUUGGAUCUACAAUACCAGGUGAUACCAUCCAAAAGCUUGGGAUCAGUAGUGUUACUAGUUUUCUGCAGGCAUUGUUGAAAAAGGGUGCAAAGUAUGUUGUUGUGCAAGGCCUGCCGAUUUCGGGGUGCUUGCCCUUGGCAAUGACUCUAGCUGCUGAAGAUGAUAGAGACAACAUAGGAUGUGUGAAGAGUGUGAACAACCAAACCCACGCUCACAACCUUGUCCUCCAGGCGAAGUUGCAAGAUCUCAGGAAACAGUUUCCUCAUGCUGUAAUCACCUAUGCUGACUACUGGAGUGCCUAUUACACUGUCAUGAAGAAUCCACGCCAGUACGGGUUCAAGGAGAGCUUCAAGGCCUGCUGUGGCUCCGGUGAUCCCUACAACUUCAAUGUAUUUACCGUGUGCGGUACACCUUCCGCUAGUGCCUGCUCGAACCCAAGCCAAUACAUAAAUUGGGAUGGAGUUCAUCUCACUGAAGCUAUGUACAAAGUGAUGACUGAUAUGUUUGUAAGCGGUAAAGCGACUCGCCCUCCAUUCAGUUACUUGUUGAACAUGAAACUGCGUCGUGGAUGA